AUGUCUGCUAGUCCUGCGGUUGUACGUCGCCUCCAGAAGGAACUUCGGGAUAUCACCUUGAAUCCUAUCGAUGGGUUGCACGUAGAACCGAAUGAUGAUAACAUGUUUCAAUGGAAGUGCAGCAUCAAGGCAGCACCCGAUUCGCCAUACGCCAAAGGGACGUUCCACUUUACCCUUGAGCUUCCAAAGAACUUCCCCUUUAAAGCCCCAACCGUAACGUUUACGACGAAGAUUUAUCACCCCGGAAUCAACGACGAAGGUGCGAUCUGUGUGCCAAUCUUACGAGACGAAUGGAAGCCUUCAGUGUCGCUAUCUACGGUGCUCAUAAUCAUCCAAGAAAAGCUCAACAACCCCAGCCCAGACGAUCCAUUUGAGCCGGAUAUAGCCGCCGUUCUCAAGAACGACAAGGCAAAGUUCCUAGCGACGGCUAAAGAGCAUACCAAGAAGUGGGACAGAUUCGCCGCUCUGAUAGCACAUAUACUCACGCUGCAUUUCUCAGGUAUGCCAUGUGAGAAUGGCCGUUGA